AUGGAAAAGAGGAAAUGGCCAUGGAAAAAGAAAUCGUCCGAGAGGAGUCCCGGAGAAAGCGAAAGCUCGGGAUCGUUUUCUUCGCAUUCUGAGAGAUACUCUGAUGAACAGGAAGUAAUGAGAGAACAACAACCUACAAAUGACAAAUCACCAUCCUCAGAAGUGACCUCGAAAGCUACAUCAUCAAUGGACGACGAAGUGCAUGAAACUGUCAAGAGCCUAACACAAAAGCUAUCUGCAGCUCUCGUUAACCUCAGCGUAAAAGAAGACUUGGUUAAGCAGCAUGCUAAAGUUGCCGAAGAAGCUGUGGCCGGUUGGGAGAAGGCAGAAAAUGAAGUGGCUUCGCUAAAACAUCAGCUCGAGGCUGCAUUGCAGCAAAACAUGAACCUCGAGGUGCGAGCAAGCCAUUUGGACGGGGCCCUCAAGGAAUGUGUACGCCAAUUGAGACAGUCGAAAGAUGAGCAAGAAAAAAGAAUAUCCGAUGCCGUUCAUGAGAAAAGCACCGAGUGGGAGUCCCACAAGGCCGAGCUCGAGCAGCAAAUUCUCCAUCUCCAAAACAACUCAUCCGACUUCCUCGAGUCUCUAGAAAGAGAAAACACGUCCCUCAGACAAGAACUCGGGUCCUGUCUGAAGGAAUUAGAAAUCGUCACAGUAGAGAGGGAUUUGAGCACCCGAGCAGCCGAGUCGGCUAGUAAAUUGCAAUUGGAGAGCAUAAAAAAGAUUGCCAGGCUCGAGGCCGAGUGUCGAAAACUCCAAUCCAAUAUAUUUCGAAAAUCGCCCCCUCUUGGCAAUCACAAGUCCUCUUUUUAUGCCGAGUCCCUAAUUGACAGUUGUAAGAGUAGCAACACGUCUGAACAAAAUUGCUCGGAUUUCGACCUAGUGAAGAACGAGAGGCACUCGCCCAAGAAUUUAGCCGUUGAAAUCGAUAUGAUGGAUGAUUUUCUUGAAAUGGAACGUCUUGUGGCCUUGCCCAAGCCCGAAAAUGAAAGUUCAUUUUCCAAUGUGGAGUCGACUUCAAUGGACAAUCCAUUGAGGGGCGAGCUUGACUUGAUGACUAAACGGGUGGAUGAAUUGGAAAACGAGCUGAAAAGGGUAGAAAUGGAGAAGUUAGAACUUCAGAAAGCUUUGGAUGACAGUUUGGAUUCUUUGAAGGUUGCAGAGUGUAAAAUGAAGGAAGUUGAAAUAAAAUUGGAGGAGGUGCAAAAGGAGUUUAAGGCUGUGAAUGAGAUGAAAGAGUUGCUAGAGUUUAAGCUUGUGGGUAUGGAAGCCGAAGCUAGGACACAUUCGGCGAAUGUUGAGUCGUUAAGGGCCGAGGUUGAAGGGGAAAAGAAAUUAUCCGCACAAUUAAGUGGCAAGUGUCGAGAAUUGGAGAGUGAACUAACCAGGAGAAUCCAGGAGUAUGAGCUUGUGGAGAGUAUCAACUUGAAUGCUGAACCAAAAGUAAAGCAGGAGGAUAUAGCUGUAGCUGCUGAUAAGCUUGCCGAGUGCCAAAAGACGAUUGCGUCUUUAGGACGACAGCUCGAGUCUCUUGCAACAUUGGAGGAUUUCUUGAUAGACACUUCAAGCAUACCCGGUUUAUCAAAGGCCCCACCCAAUGAAGGAGAUGCGUGGGGAUUAACAUCUAAAGAUUCUUUGUCAUUAACUAGUGGCGAUUUGGAUCAUCAUCCAAGAAUGUCGAUGGACAGUCAUGGUCGUGUUGCGAACCGAGAUGAGGAUUUAUUGCCAACCUCAUCGUCGAACAACCAUAUUGUGGCUGCCGGAAAUGGUUUCGGGAAGUUUUUCUCUAGAAGUAUGAAUGUGAUUGAACUUGGAAAUAGUCAAGAUUAG